AUGGUCAAGGCUGUUGUCGCUGGCGCCUCUGGUGGCAUUGGUCAGCCUCUUUCUCUUCUCCUUAAGACAUCCCCUCAUAUCGACGAGCUCGCUCUUUACGAUGUCGUCAACACCCCCGGCGUUGCCACCGAUCUCUCCCACAUCUCCUCCCGCGCCAAGACAACUGGCUACCUUCCCGCCAACGAUGGCGCUAAGGCUGCUUUCAAGGACGCCGACAUUAUUGUCAUCCCCGCUGGCAUUCCCCGCAAGCCUGGUAUGACUCGUGACGAUCUCUUCAACAUCAAUGCUGGCAUUGUGAAGGGUCUCAUCGAGGUUGCCGCCGAGGUCGCCCCCAAGGCCUUCAUCCUCGUCAUCUCCAACCCCGUCAACUCUACCGUCCCUAUCGCUGCUGAGGUCCUCAAGGCCAAGGGCGUCUUCAACCCCCAGCGUCUCUUUGGUGUCACCACCCUCGACAUCGUCCGUGCCGAGACCUUCGUUGCCGAGAUCACUGGCAGGGCUAACCCCCAAGAGCUGACCAUCCCCGUCAUUGGUGGUCACUCUGGAGAGACCAUCGUCCCUCUUUUCAGCAAGGCCUCGCCUGCCGUUCAAAUCCCUGAGGACAAGUACGAUGCUCUCGUGAACCGCGUCCAGUUCGGCGGUGACGAGGUCGUCAAGGCCAAGGAUGGUGCUGGCAGCGCCACUCUGUCAAUGGCUUACGCUGGUUUCCGAUUCGCCGAGAAGGUUCUCCGUGCCGUAAAGGGCGAGAAGGGACUCGUCGAGCCUAGCUACGUCUACCUUCCCGGAGUCUCUGGAGGUGGUAUCCCUGGAGGCGAGGCCAUCGCUAAGGAGACUGGCACCGACUUCUUCUCUGUUCCCAUUGAGCUCGGCCCCAACGGUGCCGAGAAGGCCACCAACCCACUGGAGGGCAUUACCGAGAAGGAGAAGGCUCUUCUGGCCAAGGCCACCGAGGGCCUCAAGGGCAACAUCUCCAAGGGUGUCAGCUUUGUCCACAACCCUCCCCAAAAGUGA